AUGACCAAUAGGCAGUCCUACUCUCCACCAGGAGAGGCUGGGGGACGGGUUGUGUUUUAUUAUUUUCAUUUCCAAAGUUUCUGGACAACACAAAAACUGGUGCAGAAUUGGCCAGAAAAAUAUCUGUGUCAUUUUAAUGAAAAAUUCUGUGUGGCCCUGGUGGUAGACAAGCUUCAGGCUCUGAAUGAUGAACUGGAGGCAAUGACACAGAAGAAGAAGGAGCUGGAAGACAACAUAGAUCUCUGUGAGAAGAAACUGGACAGAGCAGAGAAGCUGAUUGGUGGUCUGGGGGGUGAAAAGACUCGGUGGACAGAAAAUGCCCGUGUUCUUGGCGCCACCUAUAUUAACAUUACAGGUGAUGUGCUGCUGAGUAGUGCGGUGGUGGCAUAUCUGGGGGCAUUUACUGUGGACUUCAGACAGGAUGUGACCAAAGAUUGGCAUGACCACUGUGUGGAGAAGGAAAUCCCAUGUUCUCCAAACUUCUCCCUUAAUGUCACUCUUGGUGAGCCUGUCAAGAUCAGAGCCUGGAACAUUGCUGGCCUUCCAGUGGACAGUUUUAGUGUGGACAAUGGUAUCAUUGUGGCCAACUCCCGUCGCUGGCCACUCAUGAUAGAUCCACAAGGGCAAGCCAACAAGUGGGUGAAGAAUAUGGAGAGGGAAAACAAUAUGAAGAUCAUCAAAUUGUCAGAUCCUGGCUAUGUGAGAACCUUGGAGAAUUCUAUUCAGUUUGGACACCCAGUUCUACUGGAGAAUAUAGGAGAGGAGCUGGAUCCCAUCCUUGAGCCAGUCUUGCAGAAGCUGACCUUCAAAGUUGGUGGUGUGGAGAUGAUGAGACUGGGAGAGAACAUGGUGGAGUACUCUCAGGGCUUCAAGUUCUACAUGACCACCAGGCUGAGGAACCCACAUUAUAUGCCUGAAGUCUCAGUCAAGGUGUGCUUGCUGAACUUCAUGAUCACUCCUAAGGGUCUGGAGGACCAGCUGCUGGGUAUUGUGGCUGCUAAGGAGAAGCCUGAGCUGGAAGAGAAGAAAAAUCAGCUUGUCUUGGAGAGUGCUGCCAACAAAAAGCAGCUCAAGGAAAUUGAGGACAAAAUUUUGGAAGUGCUUUCUAGUUCAGAGGGCAACAUUCUGGAAGAUGAGACAGCCAUCAAGAUCCUGUCCUCCUCCAAGACUCUCUCUGAGGAGAUCUCAGCCAAGCAGGAGAUAGCUAAUGUCACAGAGAAAGAGAUAGAUGAGACAAGGAGCGGGUAUCUCCCAGUGGCUGUUCACUCCUCCAUACUGUUCUUCU